AUGGGUAAAUUCGAAACUCUGAAAACUGAAAGCAUUCACUCACUGCAAAGCAAGGGACUAUUUAGAUUCGUCAUCAUCGUGAUGAUGAGUUUAAUUAUGUUUUGUUCGAAUAUUGUUAUCGGAAAACAAUAUAUUAUUCGAAACGUGCCAUACUUUUCACAACAAACAGAAUAUUCGUGUGGAGCUACCAGUUUACAGAUGGCACUUUCGUAUUUUGAUGGAAAUUUUCAUAGACAAAUGAAAGAAGAGUCAUUGUUAAAGGAAACAGUUUCGUUUCGAAUAAUUUCUCAAGAAUCAAUUGUAGAUGUUGCUAGAACUUCCAAUCAUACAGGAACAUGUUCAUUAGACGUCAUUAGAAGUGCCAGAUUCUCCACCAUUAGUUCAACACCAAUUUCUCAAUAUUAUUUACAAUAUCCGAAACAAGCUCCGAUGAACGGAUGGUUUGGAAUUGAGAAUUCCCAUAAUUUAUUGAACAAAUCUUUGGAUUCAAUUUACUAUUUUGGAGGAUUAAUGACCAUAUACUAUCCAGAAAGAGGUUCUUAUUUGAAAUCUGAAAAAUGUUCUGAAAAGAAGGGAGGAGAAGGAAAUGUCAAAUGUUGGGUAAAAGAAAUGAUUGAAUCCUUUUUGAAAUUUGACAUUCCUGUCAUUUGUUUAAUGUUUUAUGAUUUGAAUGAUAGUGAAGGACAUUACCGAUUGGCAGUUGGUUACGAAACUAAACUAGACGAAAGUGGAAAUGAAAUUCCAACACAUAUUAUUAUGUGGGAUCCUUACAAUCGAGAAGGAAAUCCUCCAAUUUCUAAUUUUACAAUUUCAGAAUUUUGUAAUUUGUGGAAUUAUACAGAAUUGAGAUUUGAGAAUACUUGUUAUAGACCUUAUUUUGGAGCUGUCAUGUAUCCAUUGGAUAUUAAGGCAAUGGUUAGUAGAGAGGGACAUUUGAUGGUUGAGUAUGGACAUCCGAAACACUUGGUUUCGUCUGAUUUUGUUUCGAAACAUGUGGAAAAGACACUAGUGAUAGACAAUGUGGUGGCCAAGAUUCGUAUUUAUCAAACGAUUCCUAAUCAAGAAGAUAUUUUGAAAGAAGUGGAAAGUGUUGAUUUGCAAAUGAAUCCUUCCAGAUUGAAUUUUGGACAAAAUCUUUCAUUUUCUUGGAAAUUACCAUCAAAUCUCUUAUUGGAAAAGAAUAUUCGAAUCAAAAUUGGAAUUUAUGGAUUAGUUUGUGAUAAAACCUUAACUUGGCUCUAUGAACCAAACACGGACAAGUUUAGUCAAUCGUACAAAUAUUGCGAUCAAGUUGGAGGAACAAUUUUCAUUAAAACAGAUUAA